AUGGGAGUAAGACAGUCAGCUGCGAUCAAACAAGACUUUAUACAACUCAAUUAAAAGAAAAUUUCAUUAUCUGGAUUCACUUUUAAGGGACUAUUAGAACAUCAUAGCAGAGGUUACAUUUAUAAUUGGAUUGUUGAAUAGGAUGGCAACCCUGACUUACUAGUAAUGAAGAUGAUACCAAAAUUGCAAUUAUACAAUGAGAAGAAGAUCAAAGCAUAUAUUAGAGAAUUAUUCAUGAUGGUUUCAUUGCAAUUCCCCUUUUUAAUCUAACCUUUUUGUGCAUUCCAAGACACCUAAGACUUGUAUUUGGUCUUAGAAUAUGUUCCUGGUGGAGAUUUAAGAACCCAACUGAAAUUACAAUCAAUGAAUGAAGGAGAAGCAAAAAUGUUGAUAGCUCAAUUAUUAAUAGCAUUAAACUUUCUACAUCAGAAAAGGGUAAUUCACACUAAUCUGAAUCCGUAUAACAUUCUUUUGGAUAACAGUGGCUAUAUUAAAUUAUAUGGUUUACAUUCUUCUAGUUGCGGUGGUUAAUUCAGGAUUGAAGACGAUAUAUCAGAGUAUAUGGCCCCGGAAGUAUUACUAAGAGAAGAAUUUGGAUUUGAAGCAGAUUACUAUUCAAUCGGAGUGUUGUUGUAUGAAAUAAUGGCAUAGAGAAAAAUGUAUGAAUACAAUUCGAUUGACGAUAUGAUUGACAAUAUUAUCAAUAAACAAGUAUCUGUAAAGAAGUCAGAAUUAUCUGAAGGCUGGUCUUUGGAUGCUGCCGACUUCAUAAAUAAACUGAUCCAGAAGGAUCCCAAGAAUCGUCUAGGUUACUAUGGAUUUCAGGAUAUAAAAAAGCAUAUCUGGAUGGAAGGCGUGCAAUGGUAGAAAAUAGAGGAGAAGAUCCUAGUCAAUACAUUCAUACCCAAAUAAGUGCCAUACUCUACAACCAUUCAUAAGUAACCUCCCCAUACACACGCAAUAGUGGAGUCAUAGGAUUUUUAGAAUUUGUUUAGUUUGUUUUAAUAUAGAUGGGAUGAGGAAGUAAAAGAAAUAGAUUAUUCUAGAUUUAUAUGA